AUGUCGGCAGCGUUCAGAUCAAUUGCGCCUUUUCUGCGCACGGCUCGCCACGGCCUCAAGAACGGCAAUGUUAGCCCUCUCCAGUCUGCUCUGAAGAGACAAAAUGCUGCUGGAUUUAUGAACGUCUACCGCACAUAUGCCGUCUUCGAGCGAACGAAGCCCCAUGUUAACAUUGGUACCAUUGGCCACGUUGAUCACGGAAAGACGACCUUGUCUGCCGCCAUCACCAAGCGCCAGGCUGAGAAGGGUCUGGCCAACUAUCUCGAGUAUGGUGCCAUUGACAAGGCUCCUGAGGAGCGUGCUCGUGGUAUCACCAUCUCAACUGCCCACAUCGAGUACGCCACCGACGCCCGCCACUACUCCCACGUUGACUGCCCUGGUCACGCCGAUUACAUCAAGAACAUGAUCACUGGUGCUGCCAACAUGGAUGGUGCCAUCAUCGUCGUUGCUGCUUCAGAUGGUCAGAUGCCCCAGACCCGUGAGCACUUGCUGCUCGCUCGCCAGGUCGGUGUCCAGAAGAUUGUCGUUUUCGUCAACAAGGUCGAUGCUGUCGAUGACCCUGAAAUGUUGGAGCUUGUCGAGAUGGAGAUGCGUGAGCUCCUCACCACUUACGGUUACGAUGGUGAUAACACCCCCGUCAUCAUGGGAUCUGCCUUGAUGGCCAUGCAGAACCAGAAGCCCGAAAUUGGUUCCCAGAAGAUCGACGAGCUUCUCAAGGCCGUUGAUGAGUGGAUCCCCACCCCCGAGCGUGACAUGGAGAAGCCCUUCCUCAUGGCCGUUGAGGAAGUCUUCUCCAUUGCUGGACGUGGUACCGUCGUCUCCGGACGUGUGGAGCGAGGUGUUCUGAAGCGUGAUGAGGAAAUUGAGAUUGUUGGUAAGGGCGGGGAGACCAUCAAGACCAAGGUUACCGAUAUUGAGACUUUCAAGAAGUCUUGCGACCAGUCCCAGGCUGGUGACAACUCCGGUCUGCUCAUUCGUGGUGUCCGCCGUGAGGACGUCCGCCGUGGUAUGGUUGUUGCCAAGCCUGGCAGCGUCAAGGCCCACACCCAGUUCCUGGCCUCCCUAUACGUCCUUACCAAGGAAGAAGGAGGCCGUCACAGCGGUUUCCAGCAGCACUACCGCCCUCAGCUUUACCUCCGAACCUCUGAUGAGUCUGUUGACAUGUCUUUCCCUGAGGGAACUGAGGAUGCUGCCAGCAAGACUGUCAUGCCUGGUGACAACGUUGAGAUGGUUCUCACCAUGGUUCACCCCAACGCUAUCGAGGCCGGCCAGCGCUUCAACAUCCGUGAGGGUGGCCGCACUGUUGCCACUGGUCUCAUCACCCGCAUUAUCAAAUAA